UAUGUACCUGAUAGAUUCACGAGUUUGGCUCCCUGUUCAAUCCGCUUUUCAACAUCAAUUAAAAUAGUGAGGGACUUAAAAUUCAAGUCUCACGAUUCAUGAUCGUUAUACUCUUCAUGCUCGAACUCUAAAAAUCAGAGUAAACCAAAAGCAUUUAGAAAAGUAUGUGGUGGUUUGCGUAUCUUGUCCUGAGUUGGUUGCUUUGUCAUUUUCCUUCACGGACGUCUUCAUUGGAGCCAUUGUGCAACCAUGAUGAAGCCUCUGCCUUGCUUGGCAUCAAGAGUUCAUUAGUUGUUGGUAGCAUACCUUACAGAACUUCUUCCUGUGAGUUUCCUUAUCCAAAGACAGAAUCUUGGAAAAAUGGUACUGAUUGUUGUUUGUGGGAUGGGGUGAGUUGUGAUACAAACUCAGGCCGCGUCAUUGGCUUAGACCUCAGCUGCAGCUCCCUUCAAGGUCCAUUUCAUCCCAACAACACUCUCUUCGAACUCACUCACCUUCAAAAACUCAACCUUGCUUUCAAUGACUUUUCUUUUUCUCCAAUGCCUUCUGGGUUUGGUCAUCUUGUAGCUCUUACUCAUCUCAACCUAUCUUUUGUUGGAUUUAGUGGUGUCAUUCCUUCCGAAAUAUCUCACCUCUCAAAAUUAGUUUCACUUGAUCUCUCACUGUUACAAGAUAUGAGAAUGGAACCAGUAACGCUGGAAAAGCUCAUUAUAAAUGCAACUGAUUUAAGAGUACUCACUCUUUAUAGACUAGGUAUGUUUUUGAUUAAACCGAGUUCUCUGUCUUUGUUGUUUAAUUUUUCAUCUUCUUUGGUCUCUCUCGAACUUCAAGGUUCCGGUUUGCAAGGGAAGUUGGAAAAUAAGAUACUAUGUUUACCCAAUCUUCAACACCUUGAUCUGUCUGAUAAUCCUGAUCUCGAAGGUGAACUUCCAGAGUUCAAUUGGAGCACUCCUCUUAGAUAUUUGGCCAUUCGUCAUACCAAAUUUAGUGGCGAGAUUCCAUUAUCACUUUCCAAUCUUCAUCAUCUCAUUUACAUUGAUCUUUCAAGUAAUGAUUUCACAGGAUCCAUUCCUCAAUGCAUAGGCAACAUCUCACAAUUAAAUUAUCUGAAGCUCCAUUCAAACAACUUAGGUGAUGCUAUUCCAUCUUCUCUUUUCAACCUUCAACACCUUAUUCACUUAGAUCUUUCCUAUAAUAAUUUUGAUACUGAGAUCCCCAAUUUGUUUCAUAAGCUAAGCAAAUUAGAACAUUUAGAUUUUGCUAGAAACAACCUAGAGGGCCAAUUACCAUCAUCAUUGUUCGGGCUCACUCAGAUUAUUUAUUUACGCCUUUCAGAUAAUAAAUUAGCUGGAGAGAUACCUGAUCAAACUGGUGGACUUUCUAAUUUAGAUUUUCUGGACUUGUCUAAUAACUCAUUGAACGGAAUAAUUCCACAUUGGUGUUUUUCUUUGUCAUCGUUAGUUAGCUUACGCCUUAGUGACAACCAGCUUACGGGGCCAAUUGGUGAAUUCUCUGCCUGUUCAUCAUUGAGAUUUUGCGAUCUCUCUUAUAACAAGCUACAAGGUGAUAUCCCCGAGUCAAUGUUUCUUCUCCAAAAUAUCUAUGAUUUGAGACUAUCAUCAAAUAAUCUCACUGGCCUCUUAGACUUUGAUAAAUUUUCAAAUCUUCAACUGCUAACGAGUAUUGAUCUUUCUCACAAUAAUUUUCUCUCUCUUAGCUUUAAUGAUGGUGAUGAGUCCACCUUUUCCAUCCAAACAUUCCAAAGUCCGCUCAAAUCUAUUGAUUAUUUAGAUCUAUCUUGGAACCAAAUUAGCGGAAGGAUACCAAAAUGGUUUAAUGAGAUCGGAAAGAAGUCUUUGGAUCAGUUGGACCUUUCACAUAACCUUUUCACAUCAGUUGAUUAUCUCUCGCUCUCACAGGGAAACAUAAGCUACAUUGACCUUAGCUUCAACAUGCUUGAAGGAGAUAUCCCCGCUCCCCCACAAGGCGUUGAAUUCUUUUCUGUCUCGAACAACAAAUUAACUGGAGGCAUUUCUUCAGAUAUUUGCAAUGCAACCUCCCUCCAGUUGCUCAAUUUGUCUCACAACAAUUUGACAGGCAAGCUUCCACAAUGCCUCGGAACCUUGCCAUACCUUUCAGUUUUGGAUGUGCGAAUGAACAACCUUUGUGGAACCAUACCCAGAACCUAUCUUCUGAUAGAAUCAUUGCAAACAAUGAAUCUUAAUGGCAAUAAUCUAGAGGGACCAUUAGAUUGGCCUGGGGCCAAGGUCAUGUGCAAAGGACUGGCAGUUCUUGAUCUUGGACAAAACAACAUAAACGGUGGAUUUCCAAGUUGGCUACACUAUCUUCCAGAACUGGAAGUCCUCGUUUUACGCGCCAAUAAGUUCAACGGUGAUAUCAACUGUUUGAAAGCCAAGGACGCCUUUAUCAAAUUGAAGAUUUUUGAUGUCUCCAACAACAACUUUGGUGGCGCUUUGCCAACAACAUGCAUAAAAAACUUCAAGGCAAUGAAAGAGAGUGAGAAUGAUUAUUUGGAAUACCUAGAAGUUUAUCGAAAUUCAUUUACUUACAAGGAUUCUGUUGUGGUCACGGUGAAAAAUAAUGUCAUGCAUAUGGAGAGAAUCUUAACCACUUUCACAACUAUUGAUUUGUCGAAUAAUGGAUUUGAAGGAGUGAUUCCAUCAAUCAUUGGAGAGUUAAAGUCACUAAAAGGACUUAACCUUUCCCACAACAUAAUUACUGGUUUUAUUCCGCAAACAUUGGGUGGUUUGGAAUAUCUGGAAUGGUUAGACCUCUCCUCAAACAUGCUCAUGGGUGAGAUUCCAGAUGCAUUGACCAACCUUCACUUUCUCUCUGUCUUUAACCUUUCACAAAACCUGCUGGUGGGGAUGAUACCAACAGGUAAACAAUUCAACACAUUUCAGAAUGAUUCCUAUCAGGGAAAUCAAGGGCUAUGUGGGUUGCCAUUGUCAAAACCAUGCCGCAAGUAUAAAAAGCAGCCGAGAGAAUUAGCAACCUUUCAAUAUCAGCAAGAAGAACAAUUUGGGUUUGGUUGGAAAUCCGUAGCUAUUGGAUAUGGUUGUGGAGGGGUAUUUGGAAUGGUGUUGGGAUAUCUCGCAUUCUUCAUUAGAAGACCAGAAUGGUCAAUCCGUUUGAUUGAAUGCAUUCUUAAUCAAAGACUGAGAAACAAGAGCUACAAAUCCAAUCCAAACAGAAAAUCACGCAGUAAAGUUCGUUAAAGAUCUAGGCUCAGUCCAUCGCUUCUGUUGCAAAAAGUAUUUUUCCAAUGGGUGCUUUGAAGAUUAUUCUUGCUAUAAUAAGGUCCAUGAGUAGAUCAUUCCAUGUUGCAUAAGCAUAAUGAAUGACUCACUUGCUAUCUCUUACGCAGUUUCAGUUUGUUGAAGGAUCACAGUGUUUAGUUAAUGCAUAAGCAUAAUUCUUCUUCCAACCAGCAGUGGUUAGUUAUAAUUCAUUUGUAAUUAGUAAUGUUGUUACACUGUAGUUGAACUCUUUGUAUCAAAUGAGAGUAUCCAAUUUGAAUAGAAAAAUUCAGCAUCGUUUUCAUGUUUGUAUAUUUUUAGACUCAUUAUGAUU